UUGCCGUGUGAAUGCUCUCAAGACAAACUGUUCCAUAAUCUUCCCCGGUACCGAGGUCAGGCUGACAGCUCACCUUCAACAAAGCCCAGAACUGAAUUCGUAACUUAGUCAGAACUUUGUUGUGGUGAACUCAAGGUUUGUUCCUGAGGUUGAAUCCUAAAAGCAAUGGCAAAUCGAUGCCUGCCCCAGCUGUUUUUGACCGAUGAGAUGGUUGAAGUCCUCAGGUCAACCAUGGAGACCCCAUCCCAGACCUCGGUGAGCUGAAGGGGAGGGAAGAGUCAUGACAAAGAUGGCAGCUUAAGCCAAGCAAGAAAGGAGAAUAAGAGCUAGGCAGGAGGACAUGGUGUCUGGUGUCCUCUGCUCGGCAAUUAAUAACUGGGAGAUCCUUGGCUGACCUGCUGCCAGUUGUGGUCCCACGGGCAUGUCUGCAGCCUCACCACGACACUUGCCUGUGGGGAUGGAGAAAAGGACCUCUUGCAGAUGGCCUCAGCAGGUUUGGGCCAAAUUCCUGCUUCAGAUCUGAAUGAGAUAGUAGCUGAAAGUGGAAAAGGCUGCUCUCCUUCCCUGCCAAGAGCACUUGCUGCCUGUCCCAAGCUUCUGAGAUGCUUCUGAAGGGUUGCCAUGCUGGUGCCCACACCUGAUCCGCUGGUCUCAGCCCCUUCGGUGGGGCCAUACCGGAGUCUGCUCCCCAUCAAGGCAAUGGGCCAUUUGAUGCUCAUCCAUUUUCUUGUCUGUUGGCUACGGAGUCUGCAUUGUGUAUGAGCAGACACACUUGCUGGGGCGAAGCUAAGACACUACAACCAAGCCCUGCAACUCCCCCAGCCCUCCCCGUCCCCCUUCUGAUGUCCUCUUGCACAGUGGACCCAUGGGAUGUCACCCACAGCAGCUGCAGACAGAGGAUGCUUGCUGGUCACCAACGAUCAAGCUGAAAGUAGAAGAUUCGGUUCCCCUUGAUCCACGUGAUGCAAGAGCCACUGGGGAGCCGGGGGAUGGAGUGUGGAAAGUGUCCUUUCCCAGCUGCCUUCAUCAGGUCUUCAGCAUAUUUCUUCUCCAGCUGGUGAUGGUGGACCUGAUCUCAGCCCCUGCCAAGCCUACCUCUUCCUGCACCCCUGCCAGUCUGGGAGCAGCUUCUCCAAAAGUCCUUUGCUGUCCGCUGGGCACCCUAUGGGUGACAGACUAUCCAUCCAUGCUGGUCUUGGGGCUGCAGAGAUCCUCCUCAUCCUAGCAGGGCUGUGCGCGUCAGGUCCUGCCAACGUAAGGCUGGUGAAUGGCCCUGACUCCUGCACGGGCCGGCUGGAGGUGUUUUACAGUGGUACCUGGGGGACGGUGUGCGAUGACCACUGGGACCUCAAUGGUGCCCGCGUGGUCUGCCGGCAGCUGGGCUGUGGGAUGGCGCUGUCGGCCGUUGGCGGGGCUCGCUACGGGCGAGGAGCAGACCCCAUCUGGCUGGACAACGUACGGUGCACUGGGACGGAGGCUGCCCUUUCCGAGUGCCAGGCACGGCCCUGGGGAGCCCACAACUGCGGGCACGGGGAAGACGCCAGCGUUGUGUGCUCAGGGGCACCCGUUCCAGGUUCGACGCAUACCAGGCUGGUGAACGGCUCUAGUUUCUGCUCCGGCAGAGUUGAAGUCUUCCACAAUGGUGAAUGGGGUACCGUGUGUGACGACAACUGGAGCCUGGUGGACGCCAAAGUGGUGUGCAGGGAGGUGGGCUGUGGCCAAGAACUGUCAGCUCUGUCUGGGGCUGCCUUCGGGCAAGGGUCGGGGCCCAUCUGGCUGGACGAAGUGACCUGUGCUGGGACGGAGGCUGCCCUUUCUCUGUGCCAGGCCAGGUCCUGGGGAAGCCAUAACUGCAACCAUGGAGAGGAUGCUGGCGUUGAAUGCAUAGAACCGACUCAGGUCCGGCUGGUGAAUGGCUCCAGCCGCUGCUCAGGGCGAGUUGAGGUCCACCACAACCAGCAGUGGGGGACAGUGUGCGAUGACAACUGGGACGUGAACGAUGCUGAGGUGGUGUGCCGGCAGCUGGGCUGCGGGCUGGCCAUGUCAGCCCCUGGCAGGGCUCUGUUUGGGCAAGGACACAGUCCCAUCUGGCUGGAUGAGGUGAACUGCACUGGGAUGGAAGGUGCCAUCACUGAAUGCAGCUUCAGGCCCUGGGGAGUCCAUAACUGCAACCACAGAGAAGAUGCGGGUGUCAUAUGCUCAGACCCCACGGAGCUACGGCUGGUGAACGGCCCGAAUCGCUGCAUUGGGCGCCUCGAGGUGCUUCAUGACCAGCAGUGGGGGUCCGUGUGUGACAACGACUGGGACAUGGAGGAUGCCAAAGUGGUGUGCCGGCAGCUGGGCUGCGGCGCUCCAAUCUCUGCUCCAGGCUGGGCUAGGUUUGGCAGGGGCUAUGACCCCAUCUGGUUGGAGACGGUCAGCUGCCAGGGGACGGAGGCUGCCCUUACCAAGUGCAGAACCCAGGUGUGGGGCACCCACAGCUGCCACCACGGGGAAGAUGCCAGUGUGGUGUGCUCAGACCCGAUGGCACUUCAGUUGGUAGAUGGCCCACACCGCUGCGCUGGGAGGGUCGAGGUGCUUCAUCAGCAGCAGUGGGGCACAGUGUGUGACGAUGGCUGGGACCUGCAGGAUGCCGAGGUGGUGUGCUGGCAGCUGGGCUGUGGGGCGGCAGUGGCAGCCCCAGGCUUCGCUCACUUUGGCCGGGGACGUGAUCCCAUCUGGCUGGACCAAGUGAACUGCACAGGGACCGAGUCCGCCCUUUCCGAAUGCAGGGCCAAGCCGAAAGGAGUUCACAAGUGCCACCACAGAGAAGACGCUGGUGCGGUGUGCUCAGACCCUACCGAGGUCCGGCUGGUGAACGGCUCAAAUCGCUGCUCUGGGAGAAUUGAGGUGCUGCACAACCAGCGAUGGGGAAGCGUGUGUGAUGACAACUGGGACCUGGAUGAUGCAGAAGUAGUGUGCCGGCAGCUGGGCUGUGGGAUGGCUGUAGCCGCUCCACCCAGAGCUCAGUUUGGGAUGGGGCACGAGCCCAUCUGGCUGGACGAUGUGAACUGCACCGGCACCGAGGCUGCCCUCUCUGAGUGCAGGGCCAGACCGUGGGGAGAGAGUAACUGCAACCACCGAGAAGAUGCCAGCGUGGUGUGCCUGGGACUAGCUCAGCUCCGGCUGGUGAAUGGCUCCAGCCGCUGCUCCGGGAGGGUCGAGGUGCUUCAUAACCAGCAGUGGGGGACGGUGUGUGACGACGGCUGGGACCUAAACGAUGCCGAGGUGGUGUGCCAGCAGAUGGGCUGCGGGGUGGCUCUAUCAGCUCCAGGCUCGGCUCAUUUUGGGCCAGGGUCCAACCAUAUCUGGCUGGGUGAAGUUGAGUGCACGGGGGCAGAAGUUACCCUCUCUGAAUGCAGGUCCAGGAUGGAGGAACCCAUUAAUUGUCACCAUGGGGAAGAUGCUGGUGUUGUGUGCUCAGACCCCCCGGCAUUGCGGCUGGUGAACGGCUCAAGCCUCUGUGCUGGGAGAGUUGAAGUGCUCCACCAGCACCAGUGGGGGACCGUGUGCGAUGACAGCUGGGAUGAAGAGGAUGCCGCGGUCGUGUGCCGGCAGCUGGGCUGCGGGACGGUGGUCUCAGCCCCUGGUGCAGCUCAGUUUGGGAAGGGGCACAAUGCCAUCUGGCUGGACGACGUGAACUGCACAGGGAAGGAGGACACCCUCUCGGAGUGCCUGGCCAGGCCAUGGGGGACACACAACUGUGACCAUGGGGAAGACGCCAGUGUGGUGUGCUCAGGCUAUGUUACCGUCAGACCUCCGCAGCCUCUGCCGCUGUUCCCGUUGCUGGUCUCGAUCAUCCUUUCAGUCUUGAUGCUGGUCUGCGGGACUCUUCUGUACCAGAGGAGGAGGCGAAUGCAAAACAGGUCUUUUAAUUUCCCCCAAGGUUCUGUGCACAUGGAGGAGCUGGUUGUCUCUGACACGUACCUCUUGAUGCUGCGAGAAGAGCAAGCAGCAGCCAAGGUGGCUCCUGCUGGGGAUGCUGACAACAAGAGAGCUCAGCACAGCCUGUGACCAGCCCAGACCUAAAACUCCAGUGAUGCAGCUCCGUCCCAGCACACAGCUCUUUCACCAAGGGCCCAGGACCACCUCGUCUCUACAGAGCUAGGUCACUACAUCCACCACCCAUCUCCAUGCCCACCUUGGUCAGUUAACCUGAGCGAUACAAGGCAUGACACAUACUGUGCGGCACCAAUGGUCUGCACGCAGAAGACAUUUGAUGCGUAGAAAUUUAAAAAAAAUUUUUUUUUUCAAAUUUCUCUUUCAAAUUUUUUUUUGGUGCAUUUUUGAAAAUAAAAACUUUCUGUAAGACUCGAGCAGUAUUUUAAUCUUGGAGGGUUUUUUUCUUCUUUUUUUUAUAGCCAGUCAGCGGAGGCUGCAAAGUUUACCCCAAAGUAUAUGCCAGGCACUUGUUUCCCUACAGUGGUUAAGUUGAACAGUUUUGCAAACUGCACCUGAAAGCUCAGUUUAGGCCUCACGCAGAUAUUUAUAGAGCCAUCUGAGAUGCCCUAGUUUUAGGACAUUGAUAUGGGACUGGCAAAUGUGACAAAGGACCUACAGCUCAGUAGAUGCAUCUGUAUGGUGGCUAGUAGAUUUCGCUGAUCUCUUCCAUCUGCUGUAUUCCCAAACACGCUCCUGUGCCUUGUAUCCUUGGACAUCAGACUCCUGGGUCUUCUCAGAGGUCAGAGGCUUCUUGUGAAGGGCUUGGAGGGCAUGGAGGUGCAAGUCAGCCAUGCAGAGGAAUGCUGGCAGGAGGUUUAAGAAGCUCUGGUCAUAGAAAUAAGCACUGGGUACCACCGCAGCUCAUGCCAAUCCAAGUGGUAUGGGACUAUGAGCAGCUGAGCAGCCCCUUGUGUUGAGAGGAUGGUCCUGCUCAUGAAGGACCAGGAAAAUAGAAAGGUAGUCAACCAGAGGGAAACAGACUGAGCGAUGUGAUAAAUACGGUGGCUGUGGUGAGGGAAAAGCAUGAACAUCUGCAAGGCAGGGGGAAGAGAGGAAACAGGGGAUGCACGCUGGGUCCCAGGGUCUUAGAAGAUGAAGGUUUGGAGUGCCCUGAGAGGAUUGACCAAGCUGGACAACAGAAGAUGGCUUGCACAAUGUGUGGAAAGCAUCUGCCAAGGGAAAUGAGGAGUGCACAGAGAGCCCAAAUGGACCAAACGCUUGGAGAACUAAUGAGUAAAAGCUGAUCCUACAGUAUGCAGGACAAUUGCAAAGGAGGACCAGACAAGACUAUGGCCAAGUCUGUGGCUGUGGUAUGUAUGGAGGAGUGUUUAAGGCUUGUGGAAGUAUUCUCUGAGUAGUAACUCUUUGUGUUAAACUUGUAGUAAGCCUUGCGUGAACAUUUCAUAGUCCAGUUGAUGGUGAUGUUGGGAAUUUUCAUUUAAUACCUGCAUGGAUGUGGCUUGGUCCUGGGCUCUAUUGCACUAAAAAGGAGUUGCCUGGGGCACACACUCCUUAGUUUCUGCCACUUUUCCAGGUCCUAUGCUUACUUUUCUGCUGUUCCCUCAGUCUGAAGGUCAAUGGCACCAGUCUUCCUCAUGCAAGGGGGCUUGGCAGUGGGUUAUCAGGGAUCCAAGCUUUUUCCUGGGAAGAGUGUGAUGUUGAUGGGAUUUCUUCAUCCUCCUCACCUUCUGUUUUCAGAUUCACAUGUUUUCUGACAUACCUUCACACUUUGUUCUUCCCUUAUCUGCCCGCAGAUCAAUAUUGCACCCAAACCAACUAUAUAUGAGGCUUUUUCUCUGUGUUGGGUACUUUUUCUUUGUUACUCCUAAAACUGUUUUUGUCCAGAUACAGGCCUGCAAGCUGACGAUCGGUGAGCUGCUAAUAGCCUUGGGCUUUCCAGUGUGCCCCAUCUCUUAUCAUCCCAUGCCUGUCCCCUACACUGACUUGUGUGUUUCCACUUCUCAAGGCUUCUGCUGUAACAUCAUCUUUAUAUUUCUCCCCGGGUUUGAGGGCCCCAAGAUACCCCUAGAUACACUCCAAGGGCUGCUUCUGGAGGGUGGUAGGGGCUACAGCAGGGCUGGAUCCUUCACCCCUUAUCCAGUCCCCCAAAGCUAUCUCAGCAGGUCUUGUCCCAUGAGGCACCCAGGUCCUGGCACCACGACCUGGGGUAUGCAACACAUGAUCCCUUUCAUGCUACAGGAACAUCCCUUAGUCAGCUGAAAUAUACCUUACUUCAGGCACUUUGAGAUGAAAACAUACAUCAGGAUUAAUAGUUCUGCCUUAGGCCACAAGGACAUCCUGUGCUGACCCCUGACUGCCUUGGUCCUGCUCUCUGCUAAAGAACAGGGUAACGGUCAUUCCCCUAAUGACCCUAAUGAGGGUAACGGAGAUACACACAGCAGGUUUUGCAGAGUUAGCUUUUCUUUCUUCUCGUUCCUAAAGCUGUGGCCCAGGGUUAUGCUCUACCACAGAAGUACAGUUCCCUUUUCAGCCUUUUCCUGGCAUCGUUUAGAGGAGUUCAGCUCCAGGGUCUUCCCUUGCAUGGCUGGGUGGUCGUCUCAGGCUACUGCAGAGCCUCCUGCUCCUUCAUCUUCUCUGCAGAUGAGCUGUUCUGGACACAUCCCUGGGUUGCUUCAGUUUGAUGCAACCUGGGUAUUCGAUCAGGGAUGCUUGGUUGGCUCUUUGUGGAGGGCUGGGAGGUGAGACGGGAUAUCCAGCUACCAAUGUGGUGGGACAGGCAGUGCACCCACCACCCAACAUCUCCUUGGGCACUAAUUUUGACUGUAAAACCUGUCCAUUCUUCAGGUUGUGUUUAAAGCCCAUGGAGGUGGCAAGAAAGCAUUAGGAGUGGGGUAAAGCUCUUUUUAAGGGUAUAAAAGGGAUCUGGGUAGCUAAGCGCAUGUGUCUAACAGCAAUGAGGGACAUAGGGCACCUUGCAAAAAGGAACUGACACCCAUGCACAAGUCUCUGAAACAUCCAAGGUUGGGGUGUGCUGGUCCUACAUGCAUUUUCCAGUCUGUCCCUGCAGUCCCUUUUAGCGUCCUCUGCAAAUGGGCCCUGGGGGUAACUCCAGUCCAUGCCCUGCAGCCCCAGGACACUGACACUUCUGACCCAUCAGUCACGCUGCCUUCAUGUGGUGAUAAAUAAGGCAAUGGCCCUUGCUCACAGAGGUACUUCUUCAUGGGCUCUUCAUUUUUGUGUGUCUUGAGUAUCAUUGCAGUGAUGAUCCCCCAGGAGGGAGCUCCUUUGGGAGGCCCUUGUGGGAGGUUCAGUAUGGAGGACACCAAAGGAUGGGAAGAUGAAGGUACGGUGAGGGGUGUCAGUGUCUGGGCAGGCAAUGAUUUGCUUCAUAUCCUCCUCCCCAGUCAUGACCACGACACUGAGCACAGCUUAGGUCCCUCUCCAGUACCACCUCCUCCCCGCUGUCAGCCCUGGUGGGGCUGGACUCUGCCCCUGGAGGGUCUGCAAGAGCAGCUAGGACUGCUUGGCUGCCUGUGCCAGAUCCAGAACUGCAAGGAUCCUCAGGGGCUCUGGGGUGGAUCCGAAGGGCUUCCAGGGCAUCUGGCAGCCUGAAUGUCCAGGGAUGGUGCUGGGGAGUCCUACAAGAGGGGGAUCAGGUGUUUUGGAUAAAAAUUUUCAAGCUGUGGGCUUCCUCCAUCCCUGUUGGGGCUGAUGGAUUUUCACCAGCUCAAGUUAUUCCGUGGGAUCUCUUCUUUACCUUUAUCUAGACAGAGUUUGCAACAAAUUAAUUUAUCGUUGAAGGGGAGGAUGAGAGAUUUUGGAUGCUUCAGAUCAGCGGAAGAUGCUGAGAUGUGAAGGCUGAGGGGUAGCACAAGAUGAGCCUGCAUUGCAUCAGCCAUGGUGGGCUGAACCAUGGAGAUGCUGGCAUGUGUAGACCUCAGUCAUUUGCAAAGACCCAGAGUGCUGAAGCGCAGAUAUCUGUGCUGGGCUGCCAUUACAGUCACUGGGAGCAGUCAGCAGAUUAAAACGAGCCGCACAAGAAGAUCCUGAUGGCUUCUCUCAUCUUUCAUCGCCGCCUUGCAGAGAACAGUUCGCAACACUCAGCUCUUGGCACAUACGUGAUCUCUUUGCUCUCCGUGGAAGGUGCAAGCAAGUUUGGAGACUGCAAGGCAGUCACAGGAUAGUGUUUCCAACUGCUUGCCCUCGAAUAAUAAGGUGAUUUUCUGCCAUCUAGCUACACAUCCAUGCAAUGCAAUGCAAGGAAAUUCAUGGUGCACCAUGUCUGGCUUUGAGUGUUUUCAUUUUCCAGUAGGCAGCUGCAAACGAGUACUCUGAAAUCAUCAUCUCUGUGUGCUGCAGCAGCCAAAAAAACCCCAACAAAACGUUGCAUAUCCUAAGAAGAGCACUGAGAACAAGACAGGGGGUAUAAUUUUGCUGCAAUAUACAAUCCUUAUUCUUCCACGCCUUUUGCAGUGUGUGUAGUGCUGGUCACCACAUCUCAGGAAGGGUGUACUGCACAUAGAGCAGGUCCAGAGAGUGCACAAAGGGCUGGGAGCUUCUGGAAGCUGCUGCCCCAGCGAGGGUUGUGGAGGCUGAUGCUGUCACCUAGAUCAAAGAGAAAUUAAGCAAAAACAUGAAUUAUGCAUCUAAAAGUAGAUGCUAAAUGGAACAUGCUUAACACAAGAAGUCUAGAUGCUGGGAGGUUGGAGGCCAUCAGAAGUGGCCUGGUUUGCAAGUUGACCCUGUCUCCUGUGCCACUUAUGGUAUGGAUUGGAUUGAACACUUCUCAGAUCCAGUGGGAAAUAUUGUAUAACUUAUCUUUAGCUCUUACUUUGGAGUUAAA